AUGGAAGUGGCCACAUGCGGAAGGCCAUUGCGGUUGAGUGGUCCCUCCUCCCAGGAAAAUCAGGCAGAUUCGCCUGCAGGAACCACUGGCUUGUCCUGUGGUCAACGCAAGCAAUCUCUUGGUCCGAAGUUGGUGACAAUGAAGCGUGCACACGGGAGGCUCGGUGGCAGUUGCUCGGCAUACUGGAUCAGUACUCCAUAUCAUUUGGAGCCCAUGCUUUGGAUCUCACCAAAGAAAGCAGCCCCGUUUGGAAAAAGCUGUCAAACACAACUGGAUGAGAGGUUGCUGGGCGUGUAUGGUUUCACCUCGGACUGA